GCGUUUCGGGCAAUACGGCGGCGGGGAGAGCAGGAGCUGACACUAAGUACUGGGGAUUGAACCCAGGGAUGCUUUUCCUCCACCUGCUGAGCUUCCUCCCUCUAAGUUACUGAGACUGGCCUCGAACUUGGUAUCCUCCUGCCUCAGCCUCCCAGGACACUUGAGUUAGCUUUAGCAGAAGAGAAAUGGAGGAGCCGUAGAACAUUAAGGAUGAAUUCAGGAAGACCUGAGACCAUGGAAAACUUGCCUGCUCUCUACACUAUUUUCCAAGGAGAGGUUGCCAUGGUGACAGACUAUGGAGCCUUUAUCAAAAUCCCAGGCUGUCGGAAGCAAGGUCUGGUCCAUCGAACUCACAUGUCCUCCUGUCGGGUGGACAAGCCUUCUGAGAUAGUAGAUGUCGGAGACAAAGUGUGGGUGAAACUGAUUGGCCGAGAGAUGAAAAAUGAUAGAAUAAAAGUAUCCCUCUCCAUGAAAGUUGUCAACCAAGGGACUGGGAAAGACCUCGAUCCCAACAACGUUAUCAUUGAGCAAGAAGAGAGGCGGAGGCGGUCCUUCCAGGAUUACACUGGACAGAAGAUCACCCUUGAGGCUGUGCUGAACACGACCUGCAAAAAGUGCGGCUGUAAAGGCCACUUUGCAAAAGAUUGCUUCAUGCAGCCAGGUGGGACCAGAUAUUCUCUGAUACCUGAUGAGGAAGAGGAGAAAGAAGAGACAAAGUCAGCAGAAUUUGAGAAACCUGAUCCUUUGAGGAAUUCUUCCCGGAAAAGAAAGAAGGAAAAGAAGAAAAAGAAACAUAGAGACAGGAAAUCGUCUGACUCUGACAGCUCAGACUCUGAGAGUGAUACGGGCAAGAAAGCAAAGCACACAUCAAAAGAUAGCAAGGCGGCGAAGAAGAAGAAAAAGAAGAAAAAGCAUAAGAAGAAGCACAAGGAAUGAGAGUAGAAAAGAGAGAUGGGGGUGGUUGAGAGAAUAAGGAACCAAGAGCUUUGUGCCUUGAAGCUCUGGCUCCUGAAAAGACUCAAUAGUGAGAAUAUGGCCUCCCACCCCACUGAGUUCCAUGGGAACGCAGCAAGCAGGUUUGGGAGUUCCAGGUCAAAAGCAGCUGCCUGAAUGAGUUUCUGUCCUUACUGCUCCUAAUCCCUUUGCAAGUGACCCUUGAGGCCCACCCAUUCAUUAACUUCCUUCAUUCAGCAGGAGGUCUAUUUACCCUCCCCAGCUGCCACUGCCAGAGCUCCUUUGUAGGAGUCCAGGCUAAAGCCACAGUACUGCUGUGGAGGUGAGUGCCUGGCUGUAUUUGAACAAUGACUGGCACCUUCCUGUUGGUCUUCUUGAACCAGGUGAUGGGGUAGUCUGUGCUGCAUAUGGGGGAGCACAGAGAAACUGGGAGCAGGAGGGAGAACAAGGUGAGAAGUGGUGCUCACUUUUUCCAUUCCCCAGUAUGGUUCUAUGCUAGAAGUGAUAGCCAGUGACAACAGCCAUAAAGCAGUUGUUUGCAGUUUGACUUAUGUAUGACAUUCCAACAGACCACUGAACCAGACACCUGAAGCCAAGAUCAUUGCUCUCCUUUCUAUUUACUACUGUAUGAGUUGGCUAGUUCCACUUCAGGACUCUGCUUAAAUUCCUGGCACUAAACGGAAAUGUGUUUGGUUUUAAACCUACUGAAACUUAUUAUUCUUAUAAUCCUUCUUCUUGGGUAACUUAACAGAUUUAUAGUCACUGAACCUGCAUUAGUUGACAGAAAAACAUUUAAUAUGUUCCCUUAGACUUUGGAGAGAAGCCCAGCCAAGGGCUGGUUACAGAGCUAGAAUCACUUGCAGGCCACAGCUUUCUUGAGGUCACUUAUAAACCCUUCUGUAAUGAUCAGAUGAUCUCUUUCCCCAGAGUUGAUUAGAGAACCAGUAAGACUUAUAACCUUGAGUACUAGCUUGGUGUAUAGAUGAGAGCUCAGCGGUCAUCUUGACCAGUGGUCAUCUCCUCCCACAAUAGCACUAGCCUAGAUCCUGUGAACCUACACCCUGGGAAGGGAGUAACCACAGCAUUCCACAAAGAGCCAGACCCAAAAGUACUCAAUGCACGAUGGGCCAGAGGUGACAGUUCAGUGGCCAACCCUCUAAUGACUGGAAUGGUAAUUUGACCAUUGACAGGGGCAAUGUCAAGGCAAGGUGUAGGUGCCUCUAUCAUUAUUAGUGUCCCUGAGACUGCCCAUUAUAGCUUCUCAUCCAGUGUUUGAUCUUAAGUGACCUUAAAGCAGUUAUUUCUGCUGACUGACACAUGGGGAAAGACUCCUAGAACCAUGGCACCAAAGGCAACUGGGUCAUCUUUGCUCUGCUUUAUUAACCUCAGAGCACUCUUUGGAUACAGUUUAAAAAACAAAACAAAACAAAACCACACAUACACAAUGGGAACUGGAACUGGAUUCAGGCUGGUGCCAUUUGACCUCAAAAGAAUUCCCCAAAGUAGAUUUAUACAAAAUGCCAGAGGAAAAAAUGAGGCAAUGUGGUGCUGAGUCCAGGGGUAGCCAGCUGGCAGAGGAGCAGUCAGUGACAGCGCUGGCAGGUCACGCCUCCUUCUCGUAAGUGCGAGUGCACACUGCACUGCCAUGGGUGAGCGUCUGGAAGGAAAGACAGAGUCAGGGGAAGGCCUGAGCAGCACUCUCUACUCAUCCUGAUAAUUGUCACCUGAGUACCUGCUCUGUGCCAGGCACUUUACAU